CCGGAUGGCUGGUCUUACUUGUGACACACAUGUCGCCGAAAACACAUCGUGUUUCGUGUAAAAUGGAAUUAAACAUCAAGAAAACGAGUUCCCAGGCUUUGCUGUCAUGUGGCAACGGAGGAGGUCUCAGUGAGAAACUUCUCCUCAAGCCAAAAGCUGGCAGCUCCCUGCAGACAGAGAGAGUCCCGAGAAGCAGCGUGUUGGAGCGGCUGCAGAGCUUCCUGCCUCAGAUGGCCGAGGCCAAUGAGAAGUUGAAGCAGCAGAUGGAGGAAGCUCCUGCUGGAUGCUUUGACAUAGAGUGUGUGGAGGAGGCGCAGAAGGUCAUAGAGAUGGACGUAGCACUGGUGGAGCUCAGUGGGUCCGACAGCGACACAGAAGAUGAAGAGGAGACUUCAGACUCUGAGGGGGAAUCAAACUCUGGUGAGGAGAGUGAGAUAACAGAGCAAAACCUCAAAUUACCUGGAGACAGAGGCAAGAAGAAGGCCAACAUCCAGGUUGUCGAUCAACAGGGAGAGUAGAAAAGUUGGCCACAGACUUGGCAGUGAUUUCAGUUUCUUUACCCUCUGAGGUGAUGUGGGUUAAACUGACCAAUGGCAAAGCCUCUGCCUCAGGUGUGAAGGGAUUUUAACCUACUUCGCAGACCCAGAGUCGGUGAACAGAAAGCUCCUGUGUGGAGACAUGCGGAUCAUCCUCAUCCCUAUGGGAACAACAGUAAAUAUUAUUUUGAACAUUUAAAGGACAGUUGCAAAGUGCCUUCGGAGCCAGAACAGAUACUGUGAUGAUGUCAUCCAGUCUGGCAAUCACAUGACCUUGUGACCUCCCAUUGUACACAAUGUUACAUUGAAUUACAUGAUGUGAAUAUCCUUGUUUUCAUGAGCUGGUACACAUUUUUACAUCAACUUAGGCUUCGAACUAUUAGUGCUUUCAUGAGGCAUAGUUGUGAUUUUCCAGAGGAACAAGGGGCAUCAGGAAUAUGGCAAUAAGGAUAAAGCCUCGAUACACAUACAGUACACUGCUACAUCCAAAUGUGUAAUUGCAGGCUCAUAUGUUAGCUUUCUGAUAAUCCUGUUAAUCCCUUCAGAUUGUCAUAAUAACCAUGUUGUCUGGUUCAGCUGGUCCAGAAGUUAUGUCCUUUACUCAAAAUGUUGCAAACUGUAUUUGGAUAUUUGGUUCUUCUUCUUUUUUUAAUGAACUGUGAACCAUUUUAUCACAUAUAGGUGUUGAUCUCAUUUGUAUGAAAAUUAAAUUGUAAUGAUCAUACUAACAGAGAUGAUUAUGCUAACAGCUGAUUGCUUCUCAUCUGAAAUCAUAAUGUAUAUCUAUGUAACACGUACUGUAUGUCAGUGUCUCUCUACUGGUGCCUCUUUAUGUUUGGGGCUCGACUUGAAAAGUCACGAUCCAGAUAACUGAACAAGCUGCAAUUUGCAGUUUGGACUAAAGGCCUUGUUGCUCAGGCAGCAGAUGUGUUGAAAAAGGUGGCUCAGAAAAGCACUGCUUGUUUUGAAAAGCCUGUCUUGAAUGAAUUAAUUUGCCUGCCAAACUGAACCAGAAUCAGUCCGUUUGUAAAGCUGGUUUGGGAAAAAUGUGAUCAGAUUCAGGCCUUGACCACACGUAUGUGGAUAUUUUGCUAAAAAAAACCACUUUCCUCUGCGUUUAGGCUGCUCUUCCACUGCGAACAUUUUUCAAAACUCCAGAUUCUGUGUGUGAAACAGACCGUUUGGGACACAGUUUCAUCACCUCGAUUCCCACAUGCUCGUUGUUGCUUUGUGCAAUGAGCGUCUGAAAACAGCAACAAUGCUGGACUACUGGUUAGUGUACAUUUAGAAAGUAUCCACUUACACAUGGUCAAGGCCUGAGUCGAGUCUGAUUAUUUCAGAACUUUAAAACACAGAAAAUGUUCACAUAUGCAAAUCAACACAUAUUAAACAUGGUAUGGAGAGUAAAAUAUUAGAGCAAGAUUACACCAAAAACUUUGUGAUGCUGUGUAAGAUGUAAAUAAAAACAGAAUAUAAUGAUUUCCAAAUCCUUUUCUACCCAUGUUCAGUUGAAUGAAGAA